UUGGGGGUGGCGGGGGUGGGGGAGAAUCAGAUGGCGAAAACGGGGUUGUUGAGUUCUGAUCCAACGGUUAGAGCGAGAGCGGUGGAAUUGAAGAAAGAAUUGCAGAGGCUGGUUAAGACUAUCGUCGACGAUGAGGAUUACACCAUCCACACCGUCGAUCAAGCUAAAGAUGCUCUUUGCGCUUUGAGAGAACUUAAGUUCAAUAAAAGAUCGACGGUGCCCACCACCACUACGACCUCGUCCCUGAAGUUACACGAAGCGCUGUCCUGUCCUGAGGAGUUUAAAUGUCCUCUUUCUAAAGAGCUUAUGAGAGAUCCUGUCAUUUUAGCUUCUGGCCAGACAUACGACAGACCCUUUAUACAGAAAUGGCUGAAUGCGGGGAAUAGGACUUGCCCUCAGACCGAACAGGUUCUUUCACACACGAUUCUAACUCCGAAUAAUCUAAUCAGGGAUAUGAUAUCGCAGUGGAGCAAGAGUCAGGGAAUAGAAUUGCCGAACCCUGUUAUGGAUGGGAAAGAGGAGGGGGUCACGGAAGCAGAGCGUGAUCGUUUCUUUUCUUUGCUUGACAAGUUGUGUGCUGCGCUUCCUCAACAGAAGGAAGCAGCAAAGGAGCUUCGGAUGUUGACGAAAAAGAUGCCUUCAUUCCGUGCACUUUUUGGUGAAUCUGUCGAUGCCAUUCCUCAACUGCUCACCCCGCUCUCCGGGAGCAAAUCUGAGAGCUGUGUUCAUCCUGACCUCCAGGAAGAUGUGAUCACGACACUCUUGAACCUUUCAAUCCAUGACAGCAAUAAGAAGCUCGUUGCUGAAACUCCAAUGGUUAUUCCUCUUCUUAUGGAAGCAUUGAGAUCCGGAACAAUUGAAACAAGGAGCAAUGCAGCUGCAACACUUUUCACUCUAUCCGCUCUUGAUUCAAACAAGGCACUUAUUGGUAAAUCAGGUGCCUUAAAACCUCUCAUUGACCUUCUAGAUGAGGGUCAUCCAUUAGCAAUGAAAGAUGUUGCCUCUGCUAUAUUUAACCUCUGCAUUAUUCAUGAGAAUAAGGCAAGAGCCGUGAGGGACAGUGCGGUGAGUGUCAUUUUAAAAAAGAUUAUGGAUGGUGUUCUUGUUGAUGAGUUGUUGGCCAUCCUCGCAAUGCUUUCAACUCAUCAAAGGGCUAUAGAGGAAAUCGGAGAGCUUGGAGGUGUUCCUUGCUUGCUUCGCAUUAUCAGGGAGAGCACCUGCGAACGCAACAAGGAAAAUUGCAUCGCAAUCCUCCACACUGUAUGUCUUAAUGAUCGGACCAAGUGGAAAGCAUUGAGGGAAGAAGAGAGUACCCAUGGAACAAUAUCCAAGCUAGCUCAAGAUGGAACUUCUAGAGCCAAAAGAAAAGCGAAUGGCAUUCUGGAGAGACUAAGAAGGGCUGUUAAUAUUACUCAUACCGCUUGAAGACAUUACUUGCUGUGUGCAUCAUUUGUAAAUUCUGUUUCCGACUCUCGGUGAUCAUUGCGGCUUAUCAUCACUCUGCUUUUGUAAAUUCUUGUGCCUCAUCAGAGUUUUUAAUCUCAGUUUUACGAGCUAGCUGCUGUUAAUAAACACUGUGGAAGCUUAUGUUUAUAAAGAUUUUCUCUUCGUGGUUGGUCCAAUAA